AUGACCAUUGAGUCAUCAUCAACGGCAGUUUCAAAUGCCAAAUCCACACUUAAACCACACCUGGACUCUCUCACUGCACCACCACUUCGGCCCACCGUACACGUCACAUGCUCCGCCACCAACGUCAGCAUUGGCACCCACCUGGAACAAGCAACACCGAAGACUAUUCUGGACCUGAUGGAUUUAGAUGGACUCAAUCUUUACCAUGUUAAGAGUCAUUUACAAAAAUUUAGACUGGGAAAAUUUUGGGUGAAGGAGUGGCAGGACACAUCCAAAAAUGUUUCUCAACAGCAAGGAGGCGCGCGGAGCCUCAGAGCUUUGAACUCACCAUCUCAGAACAAGGAGCCUAACAGGAGAGCUAAAGCUAAAAGAAAUCGAGGACCCAAAAAUGAACCUCGUGGAAGACUCUAUAUGCAACUUCAGGCCCAGAAGCAUUUUCUAUGGUAUAUGGAAUCACAAAGGACAAAUCUAAACACUGCACUGGCCAAUCAUCAUUUAGGCGGUGCAGCUACUGGAAAUGCAUUUCCCUAUGGGCAAGGGCAAUCCUCGUCUGGUUUAGGAACAUUCGCAACAAUGCCUGGCCCAUCUGAUUUCGGAACGGUGGCUGCAUCACCACAGUUUUAUGUUAACCAGCAGAACGCCUGUCCUCCUACAUAUGAUGCACCGACAGGCCAAGCCAAUCCCUGCCUUCAAGAGGUUCCACCUUCCGGACAUCAGCCUCAAACCUCUCUUUACCCUGCACCUGAAAGCUUGUCGACUCCAAAUGGCUAUCCUGCAAGUUCGUAUCAGGAAACUUCGCCUGUGCUUCCUGGCAGUGAGACAGAAGAUGAGGACCUGAUAGAAGCCCUUCUGAAUUGGGAGGAUAAUGAACCAAUCAACCUCGAUGCUAGCUUUAACUUUGACAAUCUUCAUGGUUGCAUUAACUAUAACGAUCUCCAAGAUUGGUUGAAGUAGGACAAGGUUCAAGGUUUCCGUAGCACCGUUCAAAAAAAAGAAAACUGUACUGAAAAAACCCAGUUUAUGUUUCUAAGGGCUUUCCAUCCUUGCAUAAGACUGAAAUAACUGUUAAGUCUGAAACUCUUGCUGCAUUUCCUUAAUAGUAUUUUCCCUUGU